AUGGCCAAUAAUGCUCCUCUCCUAAGGACAUUAUCAAGUACCAGCCACAGGAUACAUUGUCCUUCCUUUUAUCGCUUCCAGUUAAUACACUCCAAAGGAGCCCUCCUGGUGCUAUUCUGGGAUCUGUGCAUUGGGAUUGCUGUGAACGUUUUUGGAUAUCUUCCAGUUGAUCAAGUAUACUUGUGGAUCACUGCAGGUCUUGCUGUUCUUCUCUUUGGGUUCAUUGGAGAUGCUUUUAUUAGCAGGUAUAAACUAAUCAUUGCUGGGGCUUACAUUUCUUUUGCUGUUGUUACUUUGCUAACUGUUUUAGCACUGUUGGAUCUAAGAUCGAACUUUGUUGUCAUAUUUAAUCAAGUUCUGUGCUACCUGUUAUCUUUUACUUUGGCUGGUGUUAGAGUCAAUCUGUUACCAUUUAAUAUUGAUCAGCUUUUUGAGUCAUCUGGCGAAGAAUUAAGUGCCGUCAUUCACUGGCAUAACGUUGGGCCACUGAUAGUUUCAUUAUGCACUGAGCUUGGUCACAUACCUAACUAUCAACUGUAUUUGUAUUUUCUCUGUUGCAUCUGUGUUGCUGUAGUACUAAUCACGCACAACCUUUGUGGUAUGUUCCUACUCCUCAAACCUCCGAAUACAAUUGCGCUCUCUAAUCCAUUGACAUCAAUCAUUAGGGUCUUAUGUUAUGCUAGAAAGCAUAAAUAUCCUGCAAGUCGUAGGGCAUUCAUUUAUUGGGAGGAAGAGGCUCCUUCAAGACUGGAUCUGGGUAAAGAGAGAUAUGGUGGACCAUUCUCAGAAGAAAAGGUUGAGGAUGUGAAGACUGUACUGAAAAUAAUACCACUCCUACUAUCAUGUGCCAUCCCUUUAUCAUAUGAUGAUUCUAUUACUGGUCCUGGUAAGAAAAACUAUGGCUGUGAGAAUGGCACAGUUGCAAGCAUCAGUCUUCUCUCGAUUUAUCUUAUCAUGAUCCUUCUUCAUCAGUUUCUUGUUUACCCAUUCUUCCACAGGUAUAUCCCCAGUAUGCUCAAGAGGAUUGGGAUUGGCCUAAUGUUUGCAGUUGCUCUUAAUGCUGCAUACUCCGUUCUGUCAUUGAAAGGUGUUUAUACUUCUGGUAACCAAUUCAACUGUCUUUAUUCUCUUGGUGUAGCAAAUGAAACAGACCCAGGAAUGAAUUGGAAUGUAUUUUUUGCACUACCCAAAGCAGUUGCAAGGUAUGCUUUUCAAAUAGCAGUUUUUGAAUUCACUCUUGCUCAGUCACCUGUUUUAAUGAGAGGGACUAUCGUCGGACUGUGGUUUUUCAUUUGGAUUUCAAGACAGGCAUUCGGUUUUGUACUAUUACUCCCAUUUCGUUAUUAUAUGGCAUCGACAUCUUCUCCUAUUAGUCGAGGUUUUUAUUACUUUUUAGUAAGAGCCAUUUUGUGCUUUAUCUCAUUCAUCAUUUUUGCUCGUCUUUCUAUGAAGUACAAGCUUCGUAGAAGAGAGCAGCAACUGCAAUUUCAUCAUAGAAAUAAUUUGAACUUGAAUGAUUCAAUAAGUGUUUCAUAGGUAGAUCUAAAAGAUAG